AUGAACGCCGAAGACCGCAAACAUGAGCUCCCGCACCACCUGAAACCGCCGCACCGCCAUCCCGGCAACCCAGCAGCGCGCCAUCCCAUCGUCAAGAGGGAGACACCGCCCAAAGCCAACAGCGGCCGCGGCCCGCAUGGCCCGACAGGCCCAGAUCGGGGCCCGCCCACCGCCACGGCCUCCCGAGGCAGCGCCGCCGUCGUGGCCCCCGGCAGGCCCCUCCGUCACGGCCUCCUCUGCUGUGUCCAUCCUCAGGCGUCGCCGCCGCGACCUCCACCGCCGCGGCCAUCCGCUGCAGCUCCAUCGCCGUGUCCACCCGAUGGAGCCCCGCCGCCGCAGCCAUCCGAAGUAGAACCGCCGCCGCGUCGGUACGCACCUCCAACCGCACGCCUCCUCGACCUCCAGACGCCAGCCUUGCCGCCGAGCCCAGCCUCCGCGGCACGCAUCGACCGCGCCCGCCUGCAGCAGAAGCUGAAAACGCGCCGCCCUGAGAUCUCCCUUGAGCCAGGAGAAGAAAGGAGCCCCGCCGCCACCUUCCCUGGGGCACGCACGGCUUUGCCGAUGGCCCCUCCGGCGGCGGCGAAGCGGGGGAGGGUGGUGGGAGGCUGCAAGGAGCGGCGGCGGCUAGGGUUCCCCCGUGUCGCCAGAGGAGGGCGACGCGGGGGUAUGAGUAUGACUGAAUGA